GCUAGCGGCUCAAGCGAAAUCCACAGUUUACUUCCGGUAUUAAGGGUAAAGGCACAACGUCAUCGGGUAAAAUGGCAGCCUCGGAAGGCGACGACACAAGUUGGCAUGCUGAACUUGAAGAGGCACUAGUAGAGAGCUGUGAUUUUGGAACCUUGAGAAACAUCUGCAAAGGACGACAAAUACCCAACAUCUACAGAGCGUCAGCAUGGAAGAUUUGUCUCAAUGUUGCCGGAAAAGCCAAUGCCCUGACGUCAUUUGAUGGCAUAUUUGAUCUUCCCGAACAAGAUGUCUUGAGGAAAGACUGCAGAGAAUUUAUUGAUAAGCUUGAUAAUUCUGAUGAGGAAAAGCUCUCACUAGUCAGUGACCUUGAGUCUGUCUUGACCUUCUACUGUAAGUCCAAGAAUCUCAAGUAUGAAGUGGGCAAUGGAUGGUUGGACAUUCUUGGACCCUUGGUGGCGCUACACAUGGAUAAGGCUCUUCUGUACAACUGCUUCUAUGCCAUCAUGACUAAAUAUGUUCCAAGGGAAACCAACGAGCUGAGUAGAACGUAUCAUCUCUUUAGAUUACUUGUCAUGUAUCAUGAACCGGAACUCUGCAAUUUCCUAGAAACCAAAAAGAUCUUCCCUGAUUCCUACACUAAAUGUUGGUUCAAUACAGUGUUUGCUGGGAGGUGCGGUCUGGAGAUCAUCCAAUCAAUGUGGAGUCUUUACUUCCUACAAGCUGAUCCAUUCCUACAGUUCUUCUUGGGGCUGGUUAUACUUGUCAAUGCUAAAGAGCAUAUCAUGGGCAUGACUGAGUCUAACCGAGACGAACUGAUCGAUUGUUUAGCCAUGUUUCCAAGCCAACUAGAAGAGGAUGAUGUUGAAGAUUUCUUUGGUUUAGCUCAAUACUAUGCAUCAAAAACGCCACAGUCAUUUAGAAGAGAGUACCAGUCUUUAUUUGGAGCUAACUUUGCCAGUCCGAAGGAAGCGAGUGAAGGCCCUAGCUCUCUCUGUCUCCUUGUCAAUCCAUCAGAACUUCUUCAAGCUGUAACACAAGGACCUGGCGACGGUAUUAGUUAUUUUGUUGUUGAUUGCCGGCCUGCUGAUCACUAUAACAGGAGUCAUCUAGCUACUGCUUUCCAUCUCGAUGCUAACCUGAUGCUACAACAGCCAGCUGAGUUUGCCAGUGCAGUGAAGGCCCUUCUAGCGGCACAGCAGCAGUCCAUCACGGCAGGAUCACAAGCAGCCGGUGAACACCUGUGUUUCUUGGGAACGGGAAGGGAGGAGGAGGAUCAGUACCUUCAUAUGAUCAUUGCUAACUUUCUACAGAGGAAAAUCCAAUCAGUUAGUAUGGCUACUGGAGGCUACACAGCUCUACUGAAGCUUGUAGAGAAAGAAUUGACGACAGGUAUGAUAGAUCCAACCAUACUGAAAUCAGUCAUCAUCUCACAGCCAGAGAGUUCAGGAUCAGAUGAUAGUGGGGCUGACAGUUCAAGUUUGGAGAACAGUUCGAUUGGUGAUUCCCCUCAGAAGCUAACGGAGCGUGGAGCGGCUGUGAUGGGCCGUCUUACGACUAUUUUUAAGAGCAAGUCGGCGUCUGUCAAGGACAAGGUUAUAGAGUUCAUCAAGAAUGAUCCUGCAGGAGAGGAAAAACAUGUGAGCAGUCUAGAUACUGGUAAAAGAUACCGAAGCGGUAACGUCCAAUCAGUCUUCAGCAUCGGAGAUGAAGACGAUGAUAACGAGAGUAUUGGUGGUGCUGGUUCAUCUGAUGAGGAGAGGAGAGAGUUGGUCAGCACGGACACCUGGCUCAAGAAACCUGAGAUCCUCAAGGCUUUUGACUGUCAAGAGGUCAAGGACAGCGGACAGACCUAUCCUGGCCAUGUCCUAGUCACCCCCACCCAUCUCUACGUCUUACGAGAGGCUGCUAACAAGAAAGGUUUCUCCUACAUCAUGGCUCGGCGAUCCUUGGCCGACGUCGUCAGAAUCACCUCCAAGAAACGCUGCUCAGAGUUCAUCACAUUCCGGUACGGCCGCGUCAACAGUGCCGGCGAGACCCUCGUCUACGGCAUCGAUAGGAUUUACAUCCCAGAUGCGUCCGAAGCAACCAAGAUGAUCAAGCAGUUGAUCGUCAAGUGUAUCGACGAGAAGGACCCACCCCCUCAGGACCAAGCCAAGGAUGCCACUAACAACAUAGACAACUCGGACAAAGAUAGCGCGAAAGCCAAAGGCGAUGCAGAGAGUAAAACUAUGACAAAUGCAGAGGAUACGACGAUAGAUACUCAAACUGAAAGUAAAGAGGAGAGUGUGAAGGAAGAUGGACUUGAUGAAAAGAAGGAGGUUGGAGAUGGAGAGGAUGGAAAGAACGUAGAAGAGAGAACAGAUGAUGCAAAGGUGGAAAGCUAGUAUUGGCUUCGAGAGACUCUGUGAAGAGAACGAAAAGACAACUAUUGCAGGAGUUAUGUGCGACGGUUCAUCCAGCCUCCCAGGGAUCGAUGCAAGCAACGUGGAGAAGCCAUGCAACUUCUUACCAAUAAACAAACAUCAGUAAAGAUAUAUAUAUUAUUCACUAAUCCUAGAGUAAAAAUGAAUUAAUGUAAGUAUAUCCAAUACGUUGUAUAAAAAAUGAAUUUAUAUGUUGUCAAUCUGUUUGAAAAACAGUGUAGGUUUCAGUAGCCUCGGCCGUCUGUGAUGUAGAUUAUACAGGUCUAUGUAAUUUUUGCCUCUCCUUAAGACUCCUAAAAUCCUAUUGAUGGGUGGAUGAAGGAUGUAGAAUGGGCAAGCUUCCCGCCCAGGGGCCCAUUCCAUCAAGAACUUGAUUUUAUAACAACUUUGUUACCAUGGUAACUACCAUGCUAACAGGGCUCAGUAACCAAUCAAAGCCAAUGUUUUAAUGAGAGGUACAAUAAUCAAAAUUAUCGUCUAUAUAGAGCGUCUUAGCCAUACAUUAAAAACGCGUAUUUUGGUCUGCAUCAAUUGCCUGUGCAGUAUUAGAGCGUAUCCCUAAAAUGAUCGAAAUCCGACGAAUAUCCCAUAGACUCCUGUACAAAAGUUACUGUUGAGUAUGAGUCCAUAUUCAAGAGUCUUGCGCGAAUGCGUGAAAUAUACAACGCGUACAACAAUGAAAGCAAUGCGAUGCGCAGCAUAGAUCACAAUUAUGCUCAAUGACGUCAUAAUGAACUACAUGUAAGUUGCAUGUCAAUGACCAAAAUCGAUCCUGAAGUGAUGAUACCAUAAUGUGAUAAGUGAUAUGACUUGUUAAAAUCAAAUUUCUCCCUCUUUUUUUUGGGGGGGGUGUAUAGAUGAUAAUAAUUAUAUUGGAUGGCUUUACCAGGAAUAUUCCACUCAUUAGGGCCAAUUUCUGGUACUAGUAUUCCAUUCUGAGUCAUCCAAUAUGAUAUAAGUCUUCAAAAAUGGGAGUCAGAUUUGCAAGACAUAGAAAAAUAAACAUCUUCAAUUCACUCCUAAUACAUGCAUCCCCAAUGUUGGUUAUGAUAAGAUGCUUGUUGUUUGAAACUGUGUUCUGAGACAUACAAGAUAGCUUGAGCUGCAAGUAAGAAUGGAAUGAUUUAACCGAAUGAUAAAUGCCAUCCGCAGGGAAGAACAAGGAUUAAUCAGAAAAGCUGCAUGAGAGAUCCCAAGAAAAACUAUUCUAGUGUUAGAAUAAGGUUUGCGAUCACUUUAAAAGAGAAAGACCUUCAAUUCAUGCAUGGUGUUUAGAACACAUGGUCAACAUAUUUGUGGUAGUGAUAAUCCAGGCUUUUCCUUAUCAGAAAUAAGAAAACAUCCUUUCUGUGUAUAUUUUUUUUAACCUUGUGGUCCAUUCUAUGUGGCACCUCUCUUGACUUACUGACCCGUACACUUGACAACACUAUAGCCUUUCCUGUAAUGUAGUAUUGCAAAGGGCCAUAACUUAUGCUUUCAACUUGGGCCAAAACAUUCCUUUAUUUGUAUGCGAUUUACAAAUCUUAUCACCUUUUAGUGAUUCUGUCAUUUCUUAUUUGCACGCAACACUGGAGCUCAAACGGCCUUUAAAGGGGAAUCCAGCCUUGGCCAUAACAUGUGUUGGGAAGGAGAAAAAUAAAUUGAACAGAAUGGUGAAAGUUUGAAAGAAAUCGGACAAGCAAUAAGAAAGUUAUAGCUGCUUUAACAUUGAGAUCACUAAUACUAUGUAGAUUUCAAAUUGGCAACUGGGUAAGUAAAUUAUGACAAGGGGCAAGGACAACUUUCCCAUAGGCCAUGUACUUUAUUAUCAGGGAUUUGUGGUUUUAUCCUAAGUACCCAUUCCCCUGGGGCAGUAAUCUAAAUAUAUCCCAGGUAGUAUAUUGUUUUAUGUCCUCAUGAAAGAAAAUUAUAAUUUGAAAUAAACUUUGGGGAAAAAUGAAAUUUUAGCCAUAAUAUGUAUUGGAGUACAUGAAAGAGUAGUCCUUGCCUUACAUCACUAUGACAUCCCAUAUGCGGCCAAUUUGAAGUGUCCAUGGGUAUAGUGAUUACCAAUAUUUACAACUUUUGAAAAUUCAUAACUUUCUUGUUGUUUGUCCAAUAUUGUUCAAACUUUAACCUAUCAUCUUGUCUGAUUCUUUUUUCCUUAUAAAAACACGUUUUCUUUUGGGUUGGAUUCCCCUUUAAUUAAUUUGCAUCCAAACGUAUGUUAAUGAUGGAUAAUCUGGAAUAAUGUUCAAUUUGUAAAUAAUGAUCUUGUUUCCUUUGUUUAAUCAAAGUGACAUUAUACAUAUGUUGAUACAGAAAGAGUUUGAUUCAAAGAAUAUAUUGAGUUAUAUAUUCGCAGAAUAUAUACAUUCUAUGAAGAUUAUUAUUUAUUUGAAACUUUAGGCAGUGUAUGACACAUGUGCAUCAAUGAUCGUAGUGUGUCAUUUAUUGUACAUUGAUAUAUUGAUUCAAGACUAUAAAUUAUAUUAGAAUAGAAGUAGUUCAGUGUUCCGAAAUCAAAACUUUAGAAUCAGUCGUUCAAUGAC